AUGAAAUUCGUCAGCUUUGGUGCUGUGCUUGGGCUUGCAUCUCUUGCAUCAGGUUGCACCAUCCCCGCAGACUGGAACAGAUCUGUUGCCACGACGAUCCGUAACGUUGCGAAGAGCCGCAAUGCAAGUCAAAGGUUGAUGCUCGCACUUUUUGAAACCGGAUGGGUGGAAUCUCAUGUUAACAAUUUGAACUGUGGUGAUCGCGACAGUCUUGGAGUUUUCCAACAACGUCCCUCACAAGGGUGGUGCACACCUUCGUCCCUUUGCUUAGACGUUACGCACGCAACAAAUGCAUUCAUCGAUAAGGCUGUAAGGGUUGCGACUUCAAGCAUGACUCCUGGUCAAUUAGCACAGGCUGUCCAGGUCUCUGCCUACCCAGACCGUUACGACGCAGCAGAAUCCAAAGCAAGGAGCAUCAUUUCUGCACUGGGAGGUUUCUGA